CCUCAACCCUGAACCUGAAAGGAACUGCGUUUGUUUACAUUCUCCCUCAGGCAGCGACUCCCCUGGAAGAGUCUAUUACGAUCGUGUGUCUUGAAAUUAUUUCUCUCUUUGGAGUGUGGAGAGUAUGUGGUUGGUGUGCAUAUAAGAUCAGUUGCUAUUUUGGUUGGUGUGCAUAUAAAGAUCAGUCGCUAUUUAUACCGCUGCUAGGGUAAAUCACCACGGCAGGCCAAACAGGCCACCUACAAUCAACGCUUGCCACCCUCCGAAAAAGUACAUUAUAACGCGUCCUGACACCAGAGAUGGGCAUCAGUCGCGACUUGUUGUUGGUGAGAAACGGAGCAAAAGACCUCUACUCUCCUUUCGAAAUCAAAAUGGCUGAUCCAUGGGACUACAUAACCUCUUUAGGCAUAAAGCACUUCAACUGGAAAGAUUCUUUCUAUGCAGAAGGGAAUAAGAUAUGCCACUUCCUAGAGAAAGUACCAUGUGUUGACCUCGAUGAUGAAAAUGUAUUACAUGACGAUUAUGGUCCAAUAAUAUGCAGCAUACCCCAGUGCAAGCAGUCUUUCGACACAGUAGCAGAACAUGCUGCUCAUCAGCGUAUUUGCCAUAGUUUUAUGUGCUCUUCAUGUCAUAACUCUUUCCCCACUGAUCACCUCUUGGAUCUUCAUCUUCAGGAAGUGCACGAUUCUUACUUUUUUGUUAUGGCACAAAAGAAACCAAUGUAUCGCUGCCUUUUAGAGACAUGCACAGAAGUUUUUCAAGACCAGAAGGAACGUAAGGUACAUUGCAUAAAUGAUCACAAGUUUCCUUCUGAUUUCCGGUAUGAUCCCUCUUGGAGAAAGCUUGGCAAGGUAUCAAAGAAUAGUAAGGAUAAGAAACAGCAGGAAUUUUCAUCUUCUAUGGAUUGUGAUGAAAUAGAAACCAAAGACUCAGAUGCUCAAGAGAGAAGCACAUCUUUUAUUAACAAGAGAGAGUCGUUGCAUAUUACCCGAACAUUUGGUACUGGUAUUCCUCGUGGGUUUCCUCGCCCCAGGGUUAGAAAUAAUAGAGGAAAAAGUAGGAUGCCAAAUGCUUUUUAUCAAAAGGGGCCAAGAAAAAGAGAGGAAGGAAAGAUAGAUAUGAAGGAUGUGGAGAAAGCAUUAGUUGAUAAUGUAUCAGAUACUAUGCAGGAUGAUUAGUUGAUAAUAUUUCAGAUGUGCAGGAUAAGUGAAAUGGUAUUGAUUUUGCAAGAGAAGUGUUUUUUUUUGUUUCUUUUAUGCAGUCAGUAGAAAAUGUGAAAUUUCUAAUUUUGUGCCUUAUGUUUAGGGGUGGCAUUUAAUCUUGAUCUCAGUGAUAGACAAAUAUACUCAACCAUAUACAUUUUGAAUUAAGUGAUCUUAGAAAAUAUAGGAAAAUUGUGCUGUGACAAGCUCUUGCUUUACACAAAUUUAUAUGGUUCAUUGUAUUCUGAUAAUACUGAAUAUAUUUUUUUUAUUAAAGCUAAAGCCGUAAUAACUUCCAUUUAUAAUAUGUAUGGCAAGAGAAACCUGUGUAUGGUUUGGAAAACUAUUACCAUUAUAAUUUGGCUUCUGAUGCUGCAAUCAUUGAACUUUUGAAGUGUUGGAGGAUUUUGCUGCAGAGUAAUUUCAUUUUUAAUAUCUUUUUAUUAAAAUUUAUAUAAAAAACAAAAUGCAGCGCAUCCUUGAAUUAAAAUACAUACUAAAAUGCACACUGAAGUACACUAAGGUUAUCUAAGUUAUGGACUUAUUGAAUGGUAAAGAUUAGUACUUCUUGUAUAAAGGUGGUAUCCAUAUGCAGAGGCUUGUCCAAUUACUUGAAAUGUAACCAAGCACAAUUAAAGUAACUUACCAGUUUUACAGUUACAAAAAUAAUUAUGAUUGCUCAGAUCAUUACUUUUUAACAUUUUGUACUAUUAAACACGUGAAUAUAUAACAUAGAGUUUUUUUUUAUUGUGUGUUUCACAUAGCAAAAUUUACAGGGGCAUUUCCUAGCAAUUACGUGAAUGAAUAAUAAUUGACAAACCUAAUAUUAAAGUCCUCAUUGAGUGCAGUUUGUCAGUGAUUCUGUAGUAUAUGACCUUUAAUCACUGACAGCCAAGGAAAAGGCUCUUAUGUCAGGCAACAAAACCUCUGUCAUAACUUUGUUGACUGAAUAACCUGCCAUAUGGUUAGGUAUUUUCCCUAUCGGGGAACUUUGUUAAAUUUUCACCAAACGUAAAGUACUUAAAUAAGAUUUGUCAAAUAGUACAAAGUACCAUCUCUGUUGUUAACAAUUCAUAGUAUUUGGCCCUUAGUCAUUUAGUGUGUAAUUACCCUAGUCUAAGUUCUAAGUAAGUCAUUAAUGAAAUACUUGUGGAAAGUUGCUAACAAAGUAUAAUUAAUUACUGUCAGAUUUUAACAGUGAGGUGGUGUGUUUAUAUGUAAAAUUUAGAUAUUUACUUAUUCAUAAAAGAAUAAAAAGUAAUAGGCAGUAGCAGCUUAGUUAAUCCCAGUAGAAUAAAUACUUUAGUAGUCAAAUUUUUAUUAUAAAGAAUUUCAAAAUGUUGUUGCACUGCUUUGAAAUGCAAUGUUAAUUACAAACUACUGCUAAUUUUGGACCAACCUUUGUCCCUGUAAAACCUGUAUUUAAAUUAGUAUAUGUAAAUAAGAAUGAGAAUCUCCCGUUUUUUAUGUCACAAAUAUAUUUGAUGCUUCCAUCAGUUUGUAUUUUCCUAUGCAACAGUUUAGCAGUUGUCCUAAUUUAGCACUAAUGAUUUUUCCAAUUAUAUGCAAAUUUUGCUUAUUGUUUUGUUACUUAGUUAAAUAAAAAAGGUGAUUAAUUAAUUUCUAGUAGGUUAGGUGCCUGCAUAAGGCAGUAAAUUGAGAGUUGAGUCACAAGCAGUGAGUGAAAUAGUAAAGCAUUUUUGAAACAUUUCAUGAUAACAGGAGCCAGAAAUCACACUACCAAAUGCUAACUUCACUGUCAAUCUUCUUAACAUAAGCAGAUGUGGAAGCUAGUAAUCUUUGUCCUUCCUGAAUUGUAUGUCAUAGCUUUUGAUCACUGCAUUUUCAUCUUUAUUGGAGUAAUUUUUGAAGUUUAAAAAUUUUGUAAAAGUAUAUUAUUAACCUUAAGUAUAAUAUUAAACUUUACGUCUUUCAGACAAUUGUGGAUUGCCUUCAUUGCCAAGUAUGUAUUAAAAUUUCUUAUGAAAAUG